AUGGCGCUCAUCACAUCCAUCCUCGCCAUAACAAUGGCCCUCGCCCAUAUCCUACCAGCACUCGCCCAAGCACCUCUGCCGCCCACCAUCGACCCCUUCUACCAGCCCGAAGAUGACAGCUGGAAGACUCUACCCCCCGGGGAGAUCCUCAAGAACCGCUCAAUUACCCUCCCCUCCAUAUUCCCCGGCACCGAAAGCCCCCUUACAGCGCACCAACUCCUCUUUGUCACCCGCAACGGCUCCAACCACCCCACAACCUCGGUCACCACCGUCAUCCGUCCUCAAAACGCCAACCCCAGCCGCCUGCUUUCCUACCAGAUUGCCUACGAUUCGCCCGACGUAAACUGUUCGCCGUCGUUUGGUCUCCAAAAGGGCGCGCACAAGAACGCCAAGGCCUGGAACUUUGGGCAGAUGACCCUUAUCCUCCCGUACCUGAUGAGCAACAACGGUCCCCUGGGCAAGAGACCGUUUAUCAACGUCCCAGACUACGAGGGGAACAACGCCGCAUUCACCGUCGGCCCGCAGAGCGGAUACCACACGCUCGACUCGAUCAAGGCCGCGCUCAACUCGCAAGAGUACACGGGUAUCGACCCGAAAGCCAGGGCAGUCAUGUUUGGAUACUCUGGCGGCGGACUCGCGUCAGAGUGGGCGUCGGAACUGCACGCGCACCACGCACCCGACCUCAACAUCGUCGGCGCAGCAAUCGGCGGCCCCCCACCCAACGUGACAAACACAUACAUCCACGUCAAUGGGACGCAGUCCCCGCUAAACAUCUGGGCAAUCCUCGGCGUGAUGAAUGCAUUCCCGGAGGUCGACGAGUGCCUGCGCCGCGAGCUGGACGCAAAGUUCCUGUACGAGUUUAGCGAUAUCCUCAACGAUUAUGGGGUUACGGGCAAGUACAUAGAGAAGGGCAAGGCGCCAAAGUUCCCACUAUACAUCUACCAGGGGACCAACGACAACAUCACGGCCCCGGUUAGCGAUACCGAUGCGCUGUACGACAAAUAUUGCGAUGCGGGGACGGUCGUGCGGUAUCUGCGGUAUCAUGGGAAAGAUCAUGGACAGACGCUGCUGAGGGGCAUGUAUCCGGCUUGGACGUGGAUUUCGGCGCGGUUCAAGGGGGUUUAUCCUUUUCCGGGUCGUAAGUGCUCGAUUAAGGACGUUCAUAAAGAUGACGAUGAUGAUGAUGAGGAUGACGGAGGAGAGGAUGGAUAUAGUGGGUUGGGUUGGCUUGGUGACGCACUUGGGCAGGAGCUGGAGCAGGACAGUUUUGCCCAGGGCUUUGGUGAUCUCAAGUAG